CAUUUCAGUUUUUAUUUAUUUUUUGGGCUCCUGCUGCUGCUGCUGCUGUUGUUGUUGUUUGCUUGGCUUUUUUUUUCUUGCAGACUUUCUCUUGGGAACUAUCCAGCGCUUCAGACUAUUGCGCUGGAUGGCUGCCAUACAGAAUGUGUUUGCCACUCGGCUUUUGGCCGAGCUUCUUGGCCAUGAGGUUGACAGUGGCCUCUUAAAAGAAGAACGACCCAGCAACAACCCACAGACACUGCAUGUGAAAUGUGCCAUAGUUCUGGGCAAGGAAAUUGCCAAUUUCUCACAGAAAACUUUGGAUGAAGAUAUCCCACCUCGUUUAUGGAAAGAAAUUUCAGCGUACAUGUGUCCUUGGACUUUAAUUAAGCUUGGUGAAGAAUUCCUAUUAAAGAAAGGUGUUAAUGUUGAUGAAUGCUGGCAAGCUCAUUAUAAUAGGCGUUGGCCUUGGAAAUACAGUCGCAGUGCUUUAGAUCUCUUGGAUCGACAUAACCUUACUCACAAGCAACUCUACAUUGAUAGGCACUUUAUGAAAUUUCUCGAGGAGUAUUGUCGUAUGAAACAUUUAUGUCUUGAAAGAGUUUUGAGUCAUGACUUCAUGUGGUGUUCUGUAUAUGAAUAUGACCCCAAAGUCACCUGUUACCUUCCAAAACAUGUCCAGGCGAGCAUGAAGACUGAUACAAUGGCAACACGAGUGUUAGCUCUUGCACCAUACGUCACCUCCUUGACCUUGAACUCAACUCUGUCUGUAUUUUUAGAAUGCCAUUUAGAACUGGUUCAUCUGUUGUUAAAUUCAGUUGUCUUGUUACGUGUUCAGUGCCAUCCUGCCAUUACGGAGUCAAACUGUUGUUGGAAUAUCAUAGAAACUUUUCUAAAACAUGGCAAAUUGCAGGAAUUUUCCUUAACUUUUUCAAAACGUAAUGAUGGCUUUGUAGGUUUCUUUGAACGUUUAAUGAAAAUUUGUGCUGGCAUUCAUGAUUCUGAAUCUGACAACGUUCUGGAUUCUAGCUUUGACUGUGAUAUAUCUGAUUGUUCCAAGGAUGCGUUUGAUGAACAUUCUGAAAAGAUUGUAAACUCUCUCAAGUGUAAAAGUGUUUAUAAUUUUGAUUCUUCUAUAGCCAAAAAACUGAAACUUCACUCAGAAAAUAUAUAUUUUUAUAACAAUAAUAAUGAUAAAAAUAAUAAUAAUGACUCGGGUGAUAAUCUUAAUAAUUGUCAAAAAGUAUUUAAUAAUUCAAAUUCUUUGUUUGAUAGUAUUGGUGCUGUUGAUAAGAAUGGUCACUCUAUGAAUUGUGAAGAUAGUAUUUCUGAUGUUGGUAAGAUGCAGAAAGUUUUAGAUCAGAAGCUGCGACGUGAAAAAGAGUUAAAUAGCCCAGCAGUGCGUAAUCUUGGUUGCUGUCAGAAGUUCAGAGACAAAGAAGGAAAGAACAAAGAUUCUCUCUUAACAUCUUCUGAAGAAAACUCACUGCUUACUUCGAUGCUUUGGCAUCAAAAUCUUAAUUCACAAAACUCCUCUUCCAGUGAAUCUCAUUGUCAUUCAAAUAUUGAUGCGAGCCCUAAGUCUCGUAAAUGCUUGAAGAGUACAUUCAGUCGGUUUGAUUCCAAAAAUCAUGUUAUCACCACUCAUUCGAAAAACAUGAACUGUCUGAAUAUGUCUUCGAAUCCAUUUAUGAUGAAUUGCUGCAAUUUUAAAGAACAUUCGAUUUCCACAGAUAAGCUUUGCAAGCUUUGCUCCUAUAGAAUGAACAACUGUUUUCAAUCCAUGACUUCUUGCCCACAUUCCAUAAAGUUUGAAACAAAACGGAAGACAUCUUAUUCAGUAUUAACUGCACUUCUCUCAAAUUCUUAUGAAGAACUUGCAGAAGUGAAAAAGCUUCGACCUGCAGAUCGAUAUCGUUACUGUAAACCAUUAGGAAAAGAAUUUGGUUUCUGCUCUUCGACUGGGAAAGAUUCUAUAUCGCCAUUUAGCAAUUCAUGGGAUGAUAAUCUGUCAGGUUCAAGGUCUCUGUGUGAGGAGGAGAACAUUUCUGUUGUGAAGUGUUACCAAAAUGCUGAUGAUCUGUCUCAAAGUGACAAAGCCUCUAAAACAUCUGAUAUAGGUUCCAGUACUGAAAGUGAAGUGCCUAAUACAGAGAGUUCAGCUUCUAUGAGCUCAAGUAACAUUUCAACAGAGACUGAUACAUCUUCUGAUCAAAAUGGCUUUGACACUUUUAUAGGUAAAAUAAAAGAUGAAAAUGGAAUAUCGAACAAAUCCUGUUUUAAGUCUCCUCCCACUCCCAGAGAAAAGAAAAGAAUGUACCCUAGUGAAGAUAUAAAAUCACGGACAAAUUCAGCUGUUGAUAGUUACUCUCCUUUGACAUCAAAACAGCUGGAAUCACGCCGAAUGUCUUUUGACAUCUAUGCUGAUUUGGAUGAGGGCAUUUCAGAGGAAGAAACAACAAAUUCCAAAACGGACUCUUCAUUGUCAGAUUCACAGUGGUUGUCUCCUGCAAAUUGUCAGCAUUCUUCUCCAGUAUCAACACCAGGUAGCACCAAAUCUGACAAUUCGUUGUGGGACCUUUGCUUAGGUUUGUCUAAAAAGACACAUUCUCUGUCAUCAAAGGGUUUGAAAUCACUGAGGCUUAUUGGUGAACCUAAUCCCCAUAUAGGUGAUAUUUUGAGGGAUGUUCUACCAAUGUGGCCAGCUCUACAAAAGCUGUAUUUGAAUGUAUCUGGAUUGAACAAUCCAGAACUUCUUGACAUCAUCAGUGAUCUCGUGAACAAAAAGCAAUUGAAAGAUCUCAGUAUUAUUGGCUGUGAAACAGAAGAUGGCGUGUUCCGUAGGCUUCUGAAUUGUCUACUCAAGAGUUACAGAGAUGACGGUAAGAAAGAAGGGUUGAAUUUACUCAAUAUUCAAAGUUUAGCUGAUCCAAGCAUCACCUGUUCUGCUAUUUUACCUCAAGCUGAACCUCUGUAUGGUGUGAAGACCUUGAUUCUCCGUGAUAAUACUUUUGAUGUGUUUGGUGUGACAGGCUUGCUAAGGAUUAUUACAUAUGACAAUGCACUUGUUAAACUAAACCUCAAAUGUUGCUUCCUUCAUGCCUGGAUGGGUCAGUUGCUGGCUGCUAUAGCAUCUAAGGGUCAAAUGGAGGAAUUGUAUUUGGGUAGUAACCAAAUUGAAGGCACCCAUCCUGAGCUGGAACUGAUCAAUGUUAUUGACAGUUGUAAAAAUCUGAGGAAGUUAGACUUACGUUCUUGCAGCCUGAGGAGUCAAGUUGAAAUUGGGAUACCUAGUCAUAAUUGUAUUUGUAAUGUUAUGAUUUCUAUCCACCAAGUGUUCCAGUUACUCUGCUAUGCUGAGGUCAAAUGUGGACUUAAAACCACAUACUAA